AUGACCAGCAGAGACCGCCGCAUCAUGAAGGAGCUGCAGGACCUGACCGAGGACAAGGAUACCUCCGGCAUCCACGCUGCCCUGGAGCACGAGGGCUCCCUCUCAACCCUUAUGGGAUGGUUCUAUGGGCCCCCGAACACGCCGUACGCAGGCGGUAAAUACGUGAUCAGGAUCCAGCUCCCUACCGAGUACCCCUUCAAGCCGCCCAAGAUGAAGUUUGAGACGAGGAUCUGGCAUCCCAACGUCAGCAGUCAAACCGGCGUCAUCUGUCUCGACACUCUAAACAAGAACUGGUCCCCCGUCCAGACGAUCAAGACCGCGCUCCUCUCCGUACGAAUGCUCCUCGAGAACCCGAAUCCCACAGACCCCCAAGACGGAGAAGUGGCAAGCAUGCUGCUCAACCAGCCCGAGCGAUUCGUCGAGAUGGCGCACGAGUGGGCGGUACGACACGCCGGUGCCCCGCGCCAGGCCAACCUCGACAAGAGCAGAUACAGGAGCCUGGCGAAUCCUACAGACGGACCCGUCGAUGCAAGCAGGUAUCAUGGAUACAGGCCAGAGCUCGUCGAGCAGUUUACAAGCAUGGGCUUUAGCCUUGACAGCGUCGUCGAAGCGCUCGAGUACUGUAGGGUUGAUCACCUGCUCACGAGUCUACCGCCGGCUAGGAUGUCGGAUGUGACAACUCGGCUAUUGGGUGAACAGCAGUAG